CCGCAGAGGAAGAAGAUUAGUUUCACCGCGCUGCUCGGGAUGUUGUUUCUUUUAAGAGAAAAAUACAGUUUUUGAGUCUGGUACGUCAAUACCUGUAAUAUUCUCAGCGUCACAGUCGAGAAUAAGUUUUGAAGCAAGCAGGAAUAUCUUGAGGAGUAUCGUCUGAGCUGAGAUCUGCUUCUGUGAAGAUGAUGAUUGUUAAAGAAGAGAGUGAAGAGAACACGAGUGAACCAGAAAUCUGGAGAAUAAAACAUGAGGAACCAGAAACCUGCAGAAUAAAACACGAGGAACCAGAAACCUGGAGAAUAAAACAUGAGGAACCAGAAAUAAAACAUGAGGAACCAGAAACCUGGAGAAUAAAACACAAGGAACCAGAAAUAAAAUACGAAGAACCAGAACCCUGUAGAAUAAAACAUGAGGAACCAGAAAUAAAACACGAAGAACCAGAAACCUGGAGAAUAAAACACGAGGAACAAGGAGAGUUCAUUGAAGAAAAAGAGGAGAAUGAAGAAUCAAGUGAAGUUGAGGAGAGAAAUCAUGUAAAGACUGGAGGAACACCUUUGAGUUGCUCUCAAACCAAACAGAAAGAUUUAAAGAAAAAAAGAGUCAAAGAAUCUUUCACCUACACUCAGUGUGGAAACAGAUUCACACGUAAAACAAGUUUUGAGCAUCACAUGAGAGUUCAUACUGAAGAGAAUUCAUUCACUUGUGGUCAGUGCGGUACGAGUUUCAAACAAUCAGCAAACCUGAAGAUACACAUGAACAUCCACACUAAAGAGAAGCAGCACUCAUGUGAUCAAUGUGGUAAAGUGUUUUUAUGGGCUUCACUUCUGAAGAAACACUUGAAAGUUUGUGCAGAAGAGAAACCAAAUUCAUGUCAUUUGUGUGGUAAGAGUUUUUUGCAUCUACAAAGUUUGAAAGAACAUCAGAAAAUACACACUGCUGUGAGGGAGCACAUGUGCAUUGAGUGUGAAAAGACUUUUAGUUCAGCGAGCAGUUUAAAACAGCAACAGAGGAUUCACACUGGAGAGAAACCUUAUAAGUGUUCACACUGUGACAAGAGAUUCAGAGUUUCAUCAAGUCUGAAAACACAUGAGAGGAUUCACACUGGAGAGAAACCUUAUAAGUGUUCACAUUGUGACAAGAGAUUCAGUCGAUCAGCAAAUCUAAAAACACAUGAAAGUGUCCACACUGGAGAGAAACCUUACAAGUGUUCACACUGUGACAAGAGAUUCAGUGAUUCAUCAAGUCUGAAAACACAUGAGAUGAUCCGCACUGGAGAGAAACCGUAUAAGUGUUCACACUGUGACAAGAGAUUCAGUGUUUCAUCAAGUCUGAAAAAACAUGAGAGGAUUCACACUGGAGAGAAACCUUAUAAGUGUUCACACUGUGACAAGAGAUUCAGUCAGUCAGUACAUCUAAAAACACAUGAAAGGGUCCACACUGGAGAGAAACCUUAUAAGUGUUCACACUGUGACAAGAGAUUCAGUAACUCAUCAAGUCUGAAAACACACGAGAGGAUUCACACUGGAGAGAAACCGUAUAAGUGUUCACACUGUGACAAGAGAUUCAGUGGUUUAUCAAGUCUGAAAACACAUGAGAGGAUUCACACUGGAGAGAAACCUUAUAAGUGUUCACACUGUGUCAAGAGAUUCAGUAGUUUAUCAAGUGUGAAAACACAUGAGAGAAUCCACACUGGAGAUAAACCGUAUAAGUGUUCACACUGUGACAAGAGAUUCAGUCAGUCAAUACAUCUGAAAACACAUGUGAGGAUUCACACUGGAGAGAAACCGUAUCACUAAAAACAAAAUCUGAAAAUGACACCUUUGCGUUUUCGUGUGUACAGCCAAUCUGUAUACAAUGUCAUCACCCCACGUCUCGACCCUACUCAGACAGUGCUAGAUCAUGUUACAUCAACAACAAUAAUGGAGGUCUACAUGUUUGUGUUCAUUCUGCAGAAGCUACUGUGCCUAUUAGCUUUAGCAGAGCUGCACGAUAUUGGAAAAAAAAACUCCACCAGAUGACUUGAACAGCUCUAUUUGAGGAAAAAAUUAAUCAAUGAUUGGUUGGUGACUUUAGGCCCUUUCACACUGUAAUUCUGGAAAAUACAUGGAUAAUGUGUCCUGGCAAUUGUUCUUGGGUCACUAGAUUUUGCACUUUCACACUACCAGUGAUUACCAAGAAUAUGUGUGUGCGUUCACACACAACCCGUAAAUGCCCCGUAAAGAGACGUGACAUCAGGGUGUGAUGUGUAAUGUACUAGUCAAAAAUGCUAGGCACGUUAACUUUCACUUAAGCUAGUGAACGAUCUCAGCCUCAGCACGGAAAGUGAAGAACUAACUGGUCUCUGCAUCAUUACAGCUUGCACAUAUUUUUUCGUCGUGAACGUUGAUCUUCCUUUAAAACACCUGGUAAAAGAGUUGCUCGAUAAUGUACGUCAUCACUACGACUCAGCUUUACGACAUUAGUUCUGGCUUUUGUUCACAUAGAGCUCAUUCCGGGACUGAAGCCGGCAAUGUUACUAGGUCCCCGACCCGGGAUCAGCCCUGGAAUCAAUGUAUGAAAUACUGUUAUAAUGAUUAUAGGCUAUUAUAAAUAUUAUACAUCGCCUAUGCAAUAUGCAAGGCAUAUACACAUGACACACGCAUUAUCAUACAGGUGGCAGUUGACCAUGUAGAGCAUCAGGGAGAAAUUGGACUGUGGGGAGUUAUUAAAAGUUCCCAAUGCUUUGGCAAAAGCUGCAUUUUGACAGUUUUGAUUUGAUUACCAUGACAAACAAUGAGCCAAUUGGUCAUAUGCAGUGUUCAGCAUCUCCUUAGACACACCUUUAAGAAAUACAUCUAUUCGGAUUAUUAUAAUAGUUUUUGUUUUCUAUAUGCUUUAUUUCUUUAAGUAUUAAUUUAACGUUUUCUAUAGAUAUAUUUACCAUGGCUAAGUCAUGUAUUCGCUGAGUUUCCGUUAAUUUUUGUGAAGUGUCAAAAAAGUGCAUCAUGUUUGUUUUCUUUAUUUUAUAAAAGCACAACGUUUUGUUUGACAAUGUGAGUGAACAAAAAUAAAAGUAGACCCUUUACAGUUACAAAUGAUGAAUUACCUAGUGAGCAAAAAUGACGGUGUAUCCAUGGAAAACAUGCAAGUGAUCAUUAAUCAUUGUUAUAUGGUUGAACUGUUUAAGUAUAAAUAUAGACUUUAUUUUCGGCAAGCUAUAAUGAUUUGAUAAGGCUAAAUUGAUCAAACAUAUAUGAUCAGCUUACUAUCUCCCACCGGCUGCAUUGUCGUUACUUUAAAACACAAAAACGUAUAUUUAACUAACCAAAAAUGCUCCAAAUGUUUUUAGAAAUUAACAUAAUAAGAAAUGAAACUAAAUAUAAUCACUUUGCCAUUACAUACAAAACGGAAUAAUAUUUGAUAGCUGAAACAAGUAGUAGGCUAUAAGCUUUUUUGGGAGAAGGGGGAGCCACUACCUCGCCCUCCAGUGCUGUAGCCACUACCUCGUCCUUCAGUACUGUUGACACUACCUCAAUUUGCUGUGAAAUCACAGAAGCUUUCUACUUUGCAAACAUUUCAGCUAUUUCAACAGCUCCAGCUGACUGGCCUGAAGUCUAUUAGGGGACCAAGUGAUUUGAAUCCUAACUUUCAAUUUCCAAAAAGCCAAGAUGGAAGAAGGUUUCAUUUAAAAACUGCAUUUGAAAAAGGGACAAACAAUUGACGGCACACUAUUAACCCUCAUAUAGGCUGAGGAGAGGAAUUGACUUGAGGUUCUACUGUGACUGAUUGCAAUCAUUAAAGGUCCCAUGACAUGGAUUAUUUCCUUUUCUUUAAAUGCUUUUUAAUGUUUUCUUAGGUGUACUUAUAUUGUUAGUAUGAUUUUUACAUUUAAAAUUUAGAAAUAAAAAACAUUUUUAUGUCCUGAUAUUAGCCCUCUGGCUUGAAUGCUCUGUUUGAAGGGGCUUGUCUGCUGUGAGACUCAGAGUAAACUACAACUGUUGUGAUUGGCUGACAUCUUUGCAUUCGAAAUGCGUACAUGUGGAACCCCUCUCAAAUAUAUAUAUAUAUAUACACUAUUACAGCUGUCGAGAUUAUGAACGGGACUAAUAGAUCGGUAGGGGUGUUGAUGCUAA